AUGCUUCCACUUCGCCCAAUUUCCGAUCGCAUUUUACUCGAAUCGUUCAUUUCUUCUCUAACAAAGCAUGAAAAUAUAUUUGUACUUUCUAAACGAAAUAAAACAAUCCAGAAGUUCAAUCCAGAAAAGUAUACAGAAAUGUCACCAUCUUUAUUUUAUUUGCUAUUGAUUUUGCUGUUAUGCACGUUCAGUACUGUUUGUUGUUUGAAUUAUACGAUUUUCUAUAAACUAUAUUCUUCACCACCGUCGUCCGCUACUAUUACCGUCACUUCACAACAACAAAGUGUUGUGAACCUUAUAAGAUACGAUAUUCAAUAUCCUGAUGUACAGAGGCCAAUUGUAUUCGUGGAUGGACAAAUGUGUGAUACGGAAUGCGUGUCCGAUCUGUUUCGAGGAGAUUCUUCUCUGCUUACAUUCGCUAAUGAUAGCGAUAACCUGAUCAGAUACUAUCAGACUUAUAUGAAUACCACAUUGUUUUACUACCGUGAUUGCUAUCAGCCGAUGGAUCUCGUAAAAUGUCGAUAUAGAAGAGGAUCCAACUAUGAGCUUUGCGUUUGUAAUGACUACGUGAAAACGUGCACAUAUGAUGCACUUCUCAGUUGGAAUGAAAUAUGGUGUGCUAACAAUACAUUUCUCACAUCGACUACAAAAGAAGCGAUUACUGUCGCAAGUGGAUCAACUCAUCAUCCAACAAUAACGUCGAGAUCGAACGACGGAGAAAAUAUUCUGCUGUACUCAAUAUUUUAUAGUAAAACAAGAGAAAUGUGGUCCGAGAUCGCUAUGGGAGUAAACAUUUCCAUCACAUAUCAUAAUGAAGAAAAUGUGACGGCAAAAUUUUAUGUGCUCAAAUAUGAUGAGAUGGAUGAGUUCGAUUUUCUCGUGAAUAGUAAAAUAUGUCGGAACCAAUGUACAGAACAAAUGCCCCCAGCUAAAGAUCCUGUCCCAUUUACGAUUAUGCUAGGUGUCUCUGCAUAUAAUAAAAAUGUUUCUAAUGGUAUCGAUUACGAAAACAAUAUUGACAUGCUCCGAUGGUUCACCGAUGAUAUAAUGUUUCGCUAUCGCGGUUGUGGACAGAAGAUGAGGAGCGAUAUUCAAUGUAGAUCACGGUCAAAUCUUCCUGUUUGUCUUUGCAACGGGAAUCGAGAGGACUGCAGUGCCAACGCCGGCAUGGCCAUAGCACCACAGUGUAACGAUGAUUCUGGAUCUACUAUUCGGACGUCCUCAGCGACAAUGCCGACAAAUUCGUCUUCUCCCACAGCUACAACAACACCAUACGAAACUUCUCCAACCACGACCACAUACUGGAUAACUUCCACAGCGCCAAACACUACCACCUCAGAAGAGCCCACCUCAACUGGGACAACUUCAAUAAGUCCCUCAACGUCUUUUUCCACACAGACCAGCACUACUUCUGCUCCCGCAUCAAACACAACUUCAGCAACGAUGACAACUUCUGGCACUAAAUCACUUAAGGAGCUCAGUGAGGGAGGAGUAGAUCUACGUAAUGUAUCCAAGGUGUUGAACGAAACACUACAGUAUGCUGAAGAACGAACUGGAUUGACAGCAGAUCAAAUUCAGGAUAUUACAACGAUUUUACAGAAAAGCGCAAAUCUAAGUGGAAUUCAAGCUGAGGACUCUCAGAAGGUACUACUUAACAUGGAUUGUAUUCUCUCUGCGGAUGCGUCACAGAUUAACGCCAGCAACAGUAGCGAAACUUUACUGUCAAUGCUGCCAACGCUUGUGAUUAACACUAAUGCUAGUGGUUUUGAUUUUUUAAAUGGAGAAAAUCUUGGCUUCACAUCACAAAUGUUGGACUGCUCCUCCAUCGUCGACACUAAUGGUCUUAUCGAUUUGGGGAAAACAUUUGAAAUCAUUAACGGAUCAACGAAUAGUGGAGAAGAUCCUCGUAAUUCUAUAUUUAUAGCUGUUGAUGAUAUAUGUAGGGAUAAACAACAUGCAUCUCAUAUGUACAUGACAAUCUACCGUAAUCGCAAACUCUUCGUGGGCCCAAAGCAGUACAACAGCUACAAAGCGAAAUCCACACUUGCGCAAAGAAGUUUGCGAGUAAUAAACGACAUCCAGUUCCAAGAAGAUUCGCCUCAAAAUCCUGAAGAAUUACAAUCUCUACCUCCACUUUGCUCGAGGCAAAUCGCGUUACCGAACGAUUCACCUGUGAUGAGCGGAACAGUUCUCAACAACGAAGAGAAGAUCACCGAACUUUUCUCGCAACGGACAAUGGCUGUGCUAAAGUUCAACAUAACAAAUGUUUUACGACCAUUGCAUGGUCAUUUUCGUGUGACCUGGUGGGACACGGACAUUCAGGAAUGGUCAACCGAUAAUCAGUGUGAGACAAGCAUCGACGAAGACACGAUUGUGGCUCGUUGCGAUCAUUUAACGGAUUUUACGCUAAUAGUAGAUGCUUCGUUGAAUGAUCCGAAUGUUUGUGACCGAGCACUUAUCGAUUUGGGAUACGUUGUGAACUCCCUAUCGAUCAUUUCAUUGAUCUUUCUAUCGUUCGUCAAUCUAUGUGCCUACACGUCAACCGCUGUAGGAAAUCGAAUUCUUCGCUAUCUCAGAGGUUAUGCACCUCCUCAAAAGGAUUUCGUCAGUCUUUCGCAUAAAAUAUCGCUUCUAUUCUUCUAUCUAAUAUUCACUUUUUUCACAAAUCAAAAUGUAUCUGGAAAAGCGUGUGAUGUCCUUGCUUCUAUCGCAUAUAUACUAUUUAUAAGUUCUGAGUUGUUGACAAUUUUUCAAGCACUACGCCUUACGACUGUAUUCGGUGUGGUUGGACCAUAUUUAAAAGCGUUGAUUUCACCAUUAUCCGCUCUUACUGUGAGCUUACUGGUCCCGUUCAUAACAUCCGUACUAUUGCUAACUUUGACGAAUUUUUUUCAUCGUGGAGAUUGUUUUUGUUGGGUACGACCUGAUUAUAUUGUCUACGCUGUGAUUGUACCAGUAUCGUUCACGAUAGCGAACGCUUUUUUUUGCACCGUUGUGGUAUGCAGACGUUUUUUCGGCCGUAGAAGAAUGUUAAGCAAGGCGGUGAGAUACCGAGAUAAUCGUAUUAUAUCUAAAAUUGUAGCUGUUCUUCUAAUGCAGGUGCCUUUAGGAACACCUUGGGUUCUCCAAUUUUUUACGCUCUACUCACCAACUGCAACAAUAUGGCACUACAUUUUUACGAUUUUUAUCGGAUCUCAAGGCACAUUUUUGGCGAUACUGUUUUUCUACAAACGGCGACAAUCGUUAGCAUCGUAUCGAAGAUCGCAUGCCAGUCGUUCUGGGAACACAAACACUAAGGAGGGAUUUUCCUCCGUCGCCAAAACAACUGGAGACGAAGAACACAAACAGUCCUCAUAG